CGGCCCCGCCCAGGAGGGGCGGCCGCGCUGCGCCGCCAUGUCGGGAGCGGCGGGGCCGCCCGCGGGGCCGGGCCGUUCCCCGCUGCCCUGCGCCCCCCGCCCCGCCGCCGCGCUCCAGCUGAGCGGGGGGGCCGAGCCGGCGCGGCCCGGCGUCGCCGUCAUCGACCUCCGCCUCCCCCGCGGCGCCGCUGCCGACGUGCAGGAGAUCGUCUUCAGGAACUUCUACACGGCCUUCCUGAGCGUGCGGGUGCAGCGCCUCGGCCCUGCCGGCCCCCGCCGCUGGGUGACCUGCCUGCGGGACUACCGCCUGAUGCCCUGCCCGCACACUGAGGAGGGCUCCCAGGACUACUUCUCCCUCCGCCGCCACCAGAUGCUGUGUGACAUGGACCAGGUGACAGCAGUGCGAUUCAUCCUGCGGCAGCCCUCCCCAGUCUGGCUCCAUUUCACCAUUGAGGAGCUGCAGAUUUUUCCCCCCGGACAAAAGAGCCCCCAGAAGGAUUUCCCCUCCUGGCUCUCCCAGCUGACCCCUCCGGAGCUGCCAGCCAGCCUGCACGGGGAGCUCCCUGACCCGGAGAAGGUGUCAACAGAGGUCCAGCAAAUGUGGGUGCUGACGGAGGUGAUCCGGGCUCGCCAGGCAGCUGCCCGCAUCGGGCGCUUUGACGUGGAUGGCUGCUACGAUAUCAACCUGCUUUCCUACACGUGAGCCCCGCUGGUGCCGGCCGGAGGGAGCUGCCUCUUCCGUGCUCCCGGGACUCCAGUGGACUCCUGCACUGCGCAUCGGCCUUUGUCCCUGUGGCCCCGGGAGGGGCUCCAGGCUCUCCCCGUGCCCCUUCCCUGACUCCUGCACUCUGGCAGCGGUGGGCAGCGCUGCCAGCCCGGAGCCCCCUGCAGGCCUCUCCAAGGCCGGUGCCCCGCAGCUGCCAUGGCUCUGCUCUUGGCUCUGCUCUUGCCGUUGCAGGCAGAGCCUGGCACCCCCCGGCCCGCACCUCUGCGCCGCGAGGCUCCCGCAGACCAGGGGGUGCUGGGCCGGCGCCCCCCACGCUCGGGGGGCCGAGGAGGGGCCGGGAGAGCCUCGGGCACGACUAAAAGCUGCUACGUCGGUC